CUUGUCAAUUCUGUACCAUUCUGUUGUCAUCUAAACCACUUCUGGAUCCUGCCUGUCCGGGACGCAGCCACCAAGCAAUUUGGGAGGCAAGCGGUUACGAAAAAGAAAAAUACCCAAAAACGAACCUAAUUUAGAGGGCAAGGGCCGGAAUCCCUCUAAAUACCUCCCUCCACUGCCAAUAUGUCAGAUGAGCAACUUGCCCGUCAGACAGCCUCGAGCUUCGAUAGGCUCGAAAACUUCAACUUCCUUCUCUCUCGACACGAUCCUAACUUGGCCAAAAGCCGUCACUAUUCCUUUGACGCAGAUUCUACCGGCCUGGCUGCCUUUUCGAAUCUGAACAUGGAUUACGAUCAGACCGAGGGGAUGGGCGGUCUCUCCGUCAGUUCGUACGAUAGCAUUGAGGACGAACGCAGUCCGAUCGAUGUGCGCGGAUAUCCGUAUCAUGACCAAAUGCUGUCCUACUCAGCUCAUCCCAUCUAUCCACCUAUCUCAUAUGGUCCUCCCGAUGACCUGGGGCACGGUGCGGGUGCUAUGACACCCUCGGAUGUCUCCUCUUCGAUCUCACCUCCCAACGGUCAUAUCAACCACAGCAAGUACAGCACGCAGAUUCCUGGCGAUCACCUUGCUUCCGCCCUUGGCCAGGAGGAGGGCGUCCGCCGUGCUGCCGAAGAAGACCGGCGACGCCGCAACACGGCUGCCAGCGCCCGGUUUCGCAUGAAGAAGAAACAGCGUGAACAGGCCCUCGAACGCACCGUGCGCGAAACCACCGAAAAGAAUGCGACUCUCGAGGCGCGUGUAGCACAGCUCGAAAUGGAGAACCGCUGGCUGAAGAACCUCUUGACCGAAAAGCACGAAGCCAGCACGACUCGGAUGGCUCCUCCCCCAACUGACAGCGCAGCCUUGGCCUCCCAAGGUACCAACGCUACUGGCCCCGGGCAAAAACAUAUUCAGCCAAAAAAGAAGGGCGUCGGGACCGACAACUGAAGUCAAAGAAAAGAAGUUGCAUCCUUGAUUCUUGUUUCGAGCUUCUUUUGUUUUUCUUGCUUCAUCGUCCUCAAUCAUUUCGAUAUUUACAUAGUACCUGCGUGGACCUCCAUGGGUCUUCUUUUGUAUGGGUCCACUCACAGUCU